UCAUACUCCCCUUAACUCUCUCAACAUCUCCCUUCACUUCCUUUCAACAUAUUUUUGCUCUCAAAGAGGAAUAUAAUAUCACACACAUUUUCUUGAAACAAAAAUGGAAGGUGGUAUUAACAUGAAGAUGUUUGUUGUUGCAAUGAUGAUGAUGAUGUUGGUUGCUAUCUCCACCGUCAAGGGUGUCGCCGCCGCAGAUGCACCGGCACCAGCACCGGCUUCAGAUGCCACCAUUUUUGUUCCAGCCAUGUUGUCUUCAUUUGUUGCUCUAGCUUUUGCUCUUCUCUUCUGAGAGCUCUAUGUUUUUGUUGAAUUUUUGGUUGUGUUUUGGGGUUGGAAUUAUUUUUUGUUGUGGUUUUGGGGUGAGUUUAUGAUUGUAUUUUGUUAGUUUUUUUGUAUUUUUGUGUAAGAUAUUUGGACUUUUAGUGAGUUUUUAGGUUGUUGUUAUGAUUAUUACAGUAUUUUAUUAUUAAUAAGAGAUCUUGACUCUA